UGUGGGCCCCACUCACAGAGACUAAUGCCCUCACACUCUUGUUCUGUCCCCAGCCCCCCACUGCCACACAGUCGGGCUGACCAGUAUGACCUCAGCUGGGACCAGCAGCUCAACCUGGCCUAUGUGGGUGCUGUCCCUCAUGGUGGCAUCGAGCAGGUCCGGACCCACUGGCUGCUGGACCUCGUCACGGCCAGGAGGUCAGCUGGACAGGGCCUGAGCUACAACUUCACCCAUCUGGAUGGGUACCUGGACCUUCUCAGGGAGAACCAGCUCUUCCCAGGCUUUGAGCUGAUGGGCAGCCCCUCUGGACACUUCACCGACUUUGAAGACAAACGACAGGUGUUUGAGUGGAAGGACCUGGUCUCCCUCCUGGCCAGGAGAUACAUUGGUCGGUAUGGGCUGGCGCACGUUUCCAAGUGGAACUUCGAGACGUGGAAUGAGCCGGACCACCACGACUUUGACAACGUGUCCAUGACUAUGCAAGGCUUCUUCAACUACUACGAUGCCUGCUCCGAGGGGCUGCGCGCGGCCAGCCCCGCCCUGCGCCUGGGCGGCCCCGGGGACGCCUUCCACCCGCCCCCGCGCUCUCCGCUGUGCUGGGGCCUCCUGGGGCACUGUCACCACGGCACCAACUUCUUCACCGGGGAGGUGGGCGUGCGGCUGGACUACAUCGCCCUGCACAAGAAGGGCGCCGGCAGUUCCAUCAACAUCCUGGAGCAGGAGAAGGAGGUCGUGCAGCAGAUACAGCAGCUCUUCCCCAGGUUCGCGGAGACCCCCAUUUACAACGACGAGGCAGACCCGCUGGUGGGCUGGUCCCUGCCACAGCCGUGGAGGGCUGAGGUGACCUACGCGGCCAUGGUUGUGAAGGUCAUCGCGCAGCACCAGAACCUGCUGGUGGCCAACAGCAGCUCCUCCGUCCGAUUCGCGCUCCUGAGCAAUGACAACGCCUUCCUGAGUUACCACCCGCACCCCUUCUCCCAGCGCACGCUCACCGCUCGCUUCCAGGUCAACAACACGCGCCCGCCGCACGUGCAGCUGCUGCGCAAGCCGGUGCUCACGGCCAUGGGCCUGCUGGCCCUGCUGGACGGCGAGCAGCUCUGGGCCGAGGUGUCGCAGGCCGGGGUGGUGCUGGACACCAACCACACUGUGGGCGUCCUGGCCAGCGUCCACCGCCCGAAUGGCUCCGCCGACGCCUGGCGCGCCACGGUUCUGGUCUACGCGAGCGAUGACACCCGCGCCCACCGCAACCGCAGCGUCGCCUUGACCCUGCGCCUGCAUGGGGUGCCCCAGAGCCUGGGGCUCGUGUAUGUCACCCUCUACCUGGACAACCGGCUUUGCAGUCCCCACAGCGAGUGGCAGCGCCUGGGCCGGCCCGUCUUCCCCUCGCCAGAGCAGUUCCGGCGCAUGCGUGCGGCUGAGGAUCCUGUGGCCACCGAGCCGCGCCCCUUCCCCGCGGACGGCCGCUUAACGCUUCGCCCCGAGCUCCCGCUGCCCUCGCUGCUGCUGGUGCACGUGUGCGCGCCCCCCGAGGAGCCGCCGGGCCAGGUGACCCGGCUCCGCGCUCUGCCCCUGACCCGUGGGCAGCUGCUUUUGGUCUGGUCUGAUGAGCGCAUGAGCUCAAAGUGCCUGUGGACAUAUGAGAUCCAGUUCUCCCCAGAUGGGCAGGUGUAUGCUCCCAUCAGCCGGAAGCCGUCGACUUUCAACCUCUUCGUGUUCAGCCCAGACACCGCUGUCGUCUCUGGCUCCUACCGGGUUCGAGCUGUGGACUACUGGGCCCGGCCAGGCCCCUUCUCAAACCCUGUGCAGUACCUGGAGGUCUCUGCCCCGUGAGGGUCACUGCUGUCCGGUGACUUCGAGCCUGUGCUGACCCUCUGGGCUGGACCAGCUUCAGUCUGUUGUCAGCUGCGUUCAUCCCUCCCAUCCUGCCACUCACCCCUUAAAGUGCCUUUUUACACCCUGGGCUUGGAGUCGCCCUUUGUGAACGAACACUGGCUGGAGCAAGCUUCCUUGCUUCCCUUCCCCCACCCAUGGGUCCCAGGACGGAAAGCAAGUUGAGCUGCGGAGGAAGCCCCGGUACAGCUGCCAUUAGGACACCCAGCUGGGGUCUCUGG